CCCACAAGACAUGGUCUCUUCAGGCUAAAGACUUCAAUAAUACUGACUUUAUUAACAAGCAGAAAAAGAGCCUAACUAAGGACUUCAAUAUGGAGGACCUUCAUCAUGAUAUAUCCACCGCUGAGCAUUGGAAUUCAAUCUGAUUUUGAUAUUUGAACCAUCAACAGUGGAACGGGAAGAGGAGCAAAACCAAAAAAUUGGACCCCGCAAGACAGACUACUUCAUUUACAUAAAGCUCAAACAGACAGACGACAGACGUGGAAGAAGAAGAAGAAAAACGUGGAGAAAGCAAUGUAAAUAAGUCAAUUUAUUUUAAAUUCAGACGCUGCAAUUCUUCAAUUUUUCUUCACCAACUCCCACGAAAUUCAAAACCGAGCUUCAAAAACCUUGUAUUUCCAAUACCCAGAUCUCAGUUUUCCUCAAUUUGAUUAAAUCUCCCCCAUUUAAUUCAUUUCCCUGAUUCUAUUCAACCAAAGUACCUCCUCUUAUUAAUCACUGUUCAAAUUGGAGAUUUUCAUUCAUCUUUCAAUUCCAAUUGCUUCAUUGUUAGUCUCUCCUGUCUUUGGUUCCUCUUUUGAUCUUAAAUUAUCUCUAAAUUCUCCAAAAUUUGAGGAAAUUUAUCACUUUUUUUCUCCAUCCCUUGAAAUCCUCUGCCUGGACUUUUUUCAAACGCUCAAUUCUCAGACCAAAGUACCAAAAUUUCCUCUGUUUCUCUAUCUAGGAUUCUUCAAAUUUUGACAAAAAAUUGAAUCAUGGGAAUCCAAAAAGACAUUGUCAAAUUCAACGUAGGAGGCAGAAUCUUUCAAACCACAGCUACAACACUUGCAAACGCAGGCAGGGAUUCGUUUUUCGGUGCAUUUUUUGACGACAAUUGGGACUUACAACAACAACGAAACAAUCACCAAGAAUUUUUUAUCGAUCGAAACCCCGACUGCUUCGCUGUCCUCCUCGAUCUUCUCCGCACAGGCGAUCUCUACAUUCCUUCCAAUGUCCCCGAAAGGCUUCUUUACAAAGAAGCCAUGUUUUAUGGCUUAAUUGACCAUGUUCGUUCGGCUAAGUGGGGUCCAUUUGAUGGUAACAGGUUAAAGCUAUCUAAGUCAGUGACAGGGCGAGCCCCAGGGGAUGGAACCGCCAUCCGAGCUGGUCCAGACGGUGGCUGCUGUGUAGCUCAUGGUAGCAUGGUUCAUGUUUUUGAUUGGAUGUUAGAAGAACAUCCGCCAAUAAAUCUUGAUUACCAGAGAAUCAACGACAUUGGUUGGGUCAACGCUGAGCAUGUUUUGAUAAGUGCUUGUGAAAGGUUAGGGAGAGGAGAUGGUGGGAUGGGUUUGUUUAGUUCAUCUAAUGGAGAUUUGAGAUACAAGUUUAAUGUUGUUCAUGAUAAUCAAGUUAAGAGUUACACUGCUGGGGCUUUGAGUUUUAGUCCUGAUUAUAAGAUUUUUGCAAGUUGUAGAGGGAGGAGCAAUGAGUAUGGGAUUGGAGUUUGGGACCAAGUUACUGGUAAACAGAUGGAUUUCUUUUAUGAGAGUCCUGGCUGGUCCCUUGGCGAUGCCGAUAAACUACAAUGGUUGAAUGGGAGUAACUGUUUGUUAGUUGCUACUUUGUUUCCCAGAAAGGAUAACUGUUAUAUCAGUUUGCUUGAUUUUAGAGAGAAGAGAAUGGUUUGGUCGUGGUCUGAUAUUGGUGCUCCUGUAACCGUUGAUGAGAAGAGAGUAAGAGAUGCUAUUGCAAUGGAGGAAUGUAAUUCUGUUUGUGUAGUGAACGAGUAUGAGGAUUUGGGGUUCAUAGAUUUGAGGUUCAGUGGAGGAAGUGUGAGGUGGAGUUCCAGAAGUAGGUUGAUGAAGGGGAAGAUGCCAGAUGAGCCUUGCUAUCCGAAAUUGGCAUUGCAUAAUGGUCAGUUGUUUUCAUCAAUGAAUGAUUGCAUUUCUGUGUUUUGUGGUCCUGAUUGGGUGUUAACAUCUAGGCUUCGAAGAAGUUAUGGGGGUUCAAUUUGUGAUUUUUCAAUAGGGGGUGAUCGUCUCUUUGCACUACAUAGUGAGGAAAAUGUGUUUGACAUAUGGGAAACUCCACCACCGCCGGUUAUAUGACUUACAUAAUGAUCAUGGUUUGAUUUACUGUAGCAGUGUUUCUUCAGUUUUUUUAUGUAAUAGUCAUGUCCUUUUUUAGGUGGUUGAACAUGGAGGAUGAACUUACGAUUAAAACCAAUAUCAUAGGUUAGGCAAAGAUCAAAGGGUGAUAUUCAAAGUUGUUUUUGUACAGAGCUUGCUUGCUAUUUCAGAGAAAUGAAAUUGAUUUAUAAACCACUGGUAGCAGAUAAUAUAGAAAGCUCUUUUGACCUAGUUUUCAUCAGAGUCCUAGCAAUUUUUUUUAAUGAAUCUCAAAGGUCCACCGUUUAUGUUUGUGCUUGAAAAAAUAGAGAUGUUCGCUCCAUGUGAGCAGUUGCAACUGCUUUACUAUCUUACAUUUGACAGAAUUAUGAAGUGGUGCU